GACACACUGCUGGUCAGACAGCGCGCACUGCUGACCUCCACGCACACCACUAGUUUAGGAGGAUUUCUUAUAAAGAUUUUACUCCUGAGGCUGACUGUCUGUUUGAGUUUUCUUUGUAAGGAUACGUGUUAGUUGACCUCACCAACUGUACUUUCAUUAUACAAUAGGACACGUGUGAGGACACAGCAUGCUGUCGUCCCUGAAGACCCUGUUGCUGCUCUCGGUUCUGUGCACACCGACCUCCAGUCUGUGCCUCCGCCUCUACCAGACCCGCUCAGACUUCCUCUGCGACGACCAGGUGGCAGUCGGGGUCCGAAGCGAGCUGGGCUAUUCCUCCGUGGACGGCUUGGGGUCCCAACUUCAAUCCGCGGAGUAUCUCACCUCCUCUUCCACUUCUGCUUCUGCGGAGUCCAGCCGAUUAAAAAGGACUUCAAGUCCCACAAACUACCGCUUCACGAGCCGGACGAAGCUCAGAGGGCAAAUGCUCCGUAACAGCAGCAAAGGGGACCGGAGGAGCAGGCUGACCCUGUCCCUGGACGUCCCGACCAACAUCAUGAACGUCCUUUUUGAUGUAGCCAAGGCCAAAAACAUGCGAGCCAAAGCGGCUGAGAACGCACGUCUCCUGGCGCAAAUUGGACGGAGAAAGUGAACAUGUUGGACAAUUUUCAUUUCACAAGCAGCCAUGACCAGCGUUGGCCUCGUAAUUCAAAUGUAAUGAAUUAUUUCGUAUUCGCUUGUAAGGUAAUGACUUUGAGUUGUUUCUCCAGGGGAACAUUUCAUUUUAAAUACCCAGUCUUAUUACAGGUGAAAGAAGCAUACUGCAAUAAUAUAAUAGCUCUCAUAUGAAAUGGUAUUGAAGUUAAGGCUUAUAUCUUUUUUUAACUAAUCAAAACACUGGGAAAAUGUUCUUUACAGAAAAUAAACAAUGUGAACUAAUGAAAAGUUCUGGUUAAAAGUUGGAUGAUGAUUCCUAAUUUCUGGUUUGGGCUCAGCUUCAAGCUCACAAAUGAUACAACUUUUAGCUGACUACAUCACAAAAUGUCAAAUUCACAAAGUUAUCUGAAAUUCUCUUCUAAAGUUCAAUAAUUUAUUUGUUUCUUUUGCCGUAUCAGACAUUUUGUAGCCACCGUGUCACUAUCUUGAAUCAAGACAACAGAGCAAUAAAGCAAUAAGGACAAAAUCAAUGUUAUUUUCAAGAUGAACAUGGGUUGCCUUAAGGCUUUGAGCCCUUAGAUGAUCUUUUCCAGUAAAAUGAAUGUUUAAUGUAGUUAGUUUGCCCCAGAGUCAUGAAAAUUAAAACCUUGGACAAAACUAGAAGAACAAAGCAGAAUUAUUUGUAUUUUAGUAAAAGACAAAUGAAAUGUUUUGUAGUUCUGUUGCAUAAUCAUAAUACUAUAGUUUCAAAGUAAAAUUUGUUUCAUAAGGAUGUUUUAAUUUUCAUUUUCCAAUUUAUUUCACCAAUUUUUUAAAGGGAGUUUUGUCGUUCUCCAGUUUUCAUUGAAGCCUAUAAUGAUUUCAGAUUGUUGUGCAAAACAUAAACAGUGACACAAACACAACACUGAACUACUGUACAAAUCAACUGCAAGAUCAUGAAAUACAGUCAAAUGCUAAUGCAUGAGAAUAUAUGUGUUCCUCAAAUGUCUGUUAUUUUUAUACUCAAAAUAAAGGAUUAUUUUUCCUCAA